CCCCAACUCUCCCUCUUGCUCCUUUUCUCCCCCUUUCUCCUCCCCCUCCCUUCUCCCUCCCUCCUCUCCCUCCCUCCCGUUUUCCCUCUCCCCUGCUCCCCCCUCACCCCUCCCUUGCCUUCUCCCUCUUCUCCCUCUCUCAGCUCCCUAACAUUAAAGAGAAAAUGCUGCUAUCAGUGACUUCCAGGCCUGGGAUUUCGACUUUUGGCUAUAACAAGAACAACAAGAAGCCAUAUGUGUCCCUGGCUCAGCAGAUGGCACCACCUAGUCCCAGCAACAGCACCCCUAACAGUAGCAGCGGGAGCAGUGGAAACGACCAGCUGAGCAAAACCAACCUCUACAUCCGAGGACUGCAGCCAGGCACUACUGACCAGGACCUCGUCAAGCUGUGCCAGCCAUAUGGCAAGAUUGUCUCCACUAAGGCCAUACUGGACAAGACCACAAACAAGUGCAAAGGCUAUGGCUUUGUGGAUUUUGACAGCCCCUCGGCUGCCCAGAAGGCUGUCACGGCCCUGAGAGCCAGUGGCGUGCAGGCACAGAUGGCAAAGCAACAGGAGCAGGACCCCACCAAUUUAUACAUCUCAAACCUGCCACUGUCCAUGGACGAGCAGGAGCUGGAGGGGAUGCUGAAGCCCUUCGGCCAGGUCAUCUCUACCCGGAUCCUGCGAGACACCAGCGGGACCAGCAGGGGGGUCGGCUUUGCAAGGAUGGAGUCCACAGAGAAGUGUGAAGCCAUCAUCACCCACUUUAAUGGAAAAUAUAUCAAGACACCCCCUGGAGUACCAGCCCCGUCUGAUCCUUUGCUUUGCAAAUUUGCUGAUGGCGGCCCAAAGAAACGACAGAACCAAGGAAAAUUUGUGCAAAAUGGACGGGCCUGGCCAAGGAAUGGAGACAUGGGUGGGAUGGCCUUGACCUAUGACCCCACCACAGCUCUGCAGAAUGGGUUCUACCCUGCCCCCUACAACAUCACCUCCAGCAGGAUGCUUGCUCAGGCUGCACUCCCCCCUUACCUUCCAUCUCCCGGGUCACCCUAUCAGAGAGUGAGCCAGACGUCUCCUCUGCAAGUGCCCACCCCGUCUUGGAUGCACCACCAGUCGUACCUCAUGCAGCCUUCGGGCUCGGUCCUGACGCCAGGGAUGGAUCACCCCGUCUCACUGCCGCCGACCUCCAUGGUGGGACCUCUGGCCCAGCAACUGGGCCACCUCUCCCUUGGCAGCACAGGCACGUACGUGCCCGCGGCAGCGGCCCUGCAGGGCGCUUACAUCCCCCAGUACGCCCCGGUGCCCUCAUCCAGUGUGUCGGUGGAGAAAACCCAGAAAGCUGUGGUGCUAGGACAUGGACGAGGGAGCCCCGCUUGCUGUGUGCCGCCCUGGACUUCGUGGAUGCAUGCGUGUUUGGGGACACGGUGCGGGCUGCUAACGUGCACCCCUGCCCCCGCCCCGUGGGCCCUCCUCGCGCGCUGUGCCGUCUCUCUCCUCCAGGUUGGUCAUUUUUCUCUCCCAUACAGCCGAGUCGCCUCCGCUACCUUUGUUCAGUCUUUAAUUUUGUGGGCUUAUUUUGUGAAUGAAACUUCUUGUGGAAUUUGGGGGAGCUGGGCAUGGAACGAGGUGACGGAAGCUGCUGCUCUUCCCGGGUGAGGCGUCCAUCUGGGCUUCAGGACGUGGACACAGCACCAAGGCUCUUGCGCGAGACGAACUGCAGCCUUUGGAAGCCACCUGUGGGCCCAAGGGGCUGAAGACCGUUCCAGGACGGACUCGCCCGGCCUCUGACUGAUGCUUCUCACACCAGCCGACGCCACCUGAGCAAAGGUCUUUCUACACCUGCCUCCCUGCCUCUGGACGUCUCCCGGCCCCUCUUCCCUGCGCUCCCUGCGGCACAGCCUCCGUCCACGGGGGAUCUGCGGCCGGGGGUGUGUGCUGCUGGCAGCCUGCAGAGCACGGGACAGCAAAGACGUCUCUGGCCCCAGAUGUCAUCCCUCAUGCCAAAGCUGAAAGAGUUUGACCCAGGGUUGUCCCUGCUCUCUGGGGUGGGGAAGACCCCCAGCCCAGCUCUGGACACCGCGUGCCUUCACACAUCCAUGUACCUGGCUUGGAGGGACAGCCGUGGGAUCCUUGACUUCUCAGGCUCUGACCUGUGACCCCCGUGCGUCCAGCAGGAGCCGGCCUCAGAAGGCUGCGGCUGCUGCACCCGCACACACUUGGUCAUGGGGGUGGGGAAGGGCAAAGCUCUAGAACCGUGUGUGGACCCCUUCCCCAAGCUUGGGCCCAGGCCAUCAGCAAGCAGUUUCCUUCUUGUGGAAGGACAACAGGGAGCAGCAUGGGAAGUCCGAGCCCGAGUUCCUCCCUCUGGCCGUCCCCUGUGAGGCCCGCGCCCAGGAGGAAGCCAUGGCUUGGCUUGCGGGGAGCAAGGCCCUGCUGCCGUCUUCCCUGGUCGCUGCCUUGCCUGGCGAGAAGAAUUCUGCUCCCUUCACUUCCAGGCACGUGCCUGUCUGCCAGGCCUUGGCAAAGUCAAACAGUGGAGGGGGAAAGAGGCGCUGGGAGCAAGAGCCCAGCGUGCCCCCGCCCCCGCCAGGCAUCCGCCAGUGCCCCCUGACCCCACCCAGGAUGUAAAGGCCGAGAUGUUCCUCACAGAAGGGCUUACCCGGGGUGAGGCAGCCCCAAGCUCAGCAGCCUUCUAGAAGGAUUUGGCUGAGCAGGUGAGCCUUAGUUCUGUCUCUAGCCUCAGUCAAGGAAAGCGCCGCAUAGCUGCUUCCUUGUCAGUGCCUUCGAGAGACAAACACAUCGGGGACCCUGAUGGAGGCUGGCAGGCAGCGAGCUGAGGAGGUGGGUGCGUGGGGCCUGUCGCAGCACUGCCAGCGCUCCUCCGCCUCCCGGAACCCCUGCUCCUGCCCCUUUUCUCUGUAUUUAAAAAUGUUCAAAUGGUCACGAUCUGUUCUGCUUUCAAUUGUCAAGUCACCUCCGGGAGCUCUCACGGGAACGGACCUGCUGGAGUCCGAGGGUCUCAUUCGGGCCUGGGCGGUGAUGGGGGGCCUGAGGUGGUCGCCAGGGCUGGGGGCGCAGAGGAACUCCUUGUUGGUGCUUUUGGCUUCCAGGCCCUGUUGCAGGAGAGCAUGGAGCAGAGGGGAAGUGGCCUGCCCAAAGCCGCCCAGCCUGACGGGCCCGCUCCCACUCUCCUCUCUGUCCCUGGUCUCUUGCCCCAGCUCGUUACGAUUCAGCCUUAAGAUCUCUUAGUACUUUGUGCUUUCCUGUUUUCAAAGGGCGCGCAGCAGAUGGUGUGGCCCCUCACCAGGCCACAAGCCUGGCUGGCCCGCCUCAUGCCUGGGUUGCCGCUGCUCUUCUCAGGCUCGGAGGUGAAACUCAGACCCUAGGCUGACUGGACUCCCAGAGGGCAGUGGGGAGGUUAGGAAGAGGUGGAAUGGCAGGGAGGACAUCUAUUUUUCCAGAGUGUUUUUAGCCAACGGAUUUGGAGCUGCCCCGUCUAGGAAGCCCAGCGGCCCUGGUGUGGUGACCGUGCUUGUCGGUACGGUGGUUGGAUGCUGCUGCCUGUGCCAAGGAUGAAAACCUGGCUUUACCACUGCCGCUCCACAGGCUGUGCUGGUUCAGGCCGCCUGGGCCCUGGUCCAUCUCCUGUCUGCCCUAACUUGCUGCCGCAGGAGCUCCGGCACCUCCCACUGCGCCUCCGGUGUUUCCAGCACUCACUCCUUGCUGUUCCAGUGGGUAACCCGUGGCGGGCCAUCACUUUGUGGGUGAGGAUGCUGGGAGAGCCCUCGGUGGAACGUGGCGAGGUCCCCACAGGGACUAAGGCUUUUAGAAAAGGAAACCACUGGUGCUCCCUUGUGCACACGCCCCACCUGCUGGUCAAGCGGCAGCACUGCACUGUUGGUCAAGCGGCAGCACUGCACUGUUGAAGGGCUGCUUCACCUCGGGCGCCGAGAGCUUGGGCUGGUGAUGAGGUCCAGGUCCACACUUGCCCCGGAUCUGCUUGAAUCAGUGGGCUUCAGAGAACGUGGGUGUCGCUAAAGCCAGGCUGAGGCCUGUGGUCCUAGAUCUUGCGCCACCUACCGAUUCGUCCCGAUUCCCCUUUAAACCAACGACUCCAUGACUGUGCUACCUGCGUUUCCGGUCUGUCCACACUACUCCACUCUCAGCUGCCCUUGUGGCGAGUCCUCUCUCAGCAGCUAAAAGCAGCCCUGGACAGAGCUGUGUCUCACCCUCAGGGCGGUCACCCAAUUUACCGCCAUUCAGGCAGAUCCAGCUUCCUCGUCCUAGUUACUCAUCUACCUCAGCCUCCCGGGCACUUGAUUCACUCAUCUCUUCACUGUCCUCUUCCUAAGGGUGGGAAACUGGGGGCUAGGAAAUGACCACUGGCUGUUUCUUCUGGAAGGUCUCUCAAGAGGUUAGCUCCCUCCUCACCCUAGAAUGGGCUGGGCAGGCUGGGCGUGCCUGGCGUCGCCCCCAGGAACACAGCGGAGGAGGGAGAAGGUAAUCGGGCACCCUACCCUCCCUCCGCAGGGCCCAGGCGUCCAGCUCAUCACUGGCAUCCCCACGCCAAAGCCCUGCCCGGCCUUUCUGGGGGGGCCAGCAGCCUGUCGCCUGCACUUACCGCCUUGGACAGGAAAUAAGCAGCUUCUGCAUUUUUUUUUUUUCAUUUUCCAGUCUUUUCAUUUCUAUGCCAGCGCUGGCCCUGUAGCUUUUCUGACCCCCUGGUCUUCUCACAUUGCUGUCCUACAAUUUGACAGACCUGUGUUUUGCCUUAUUUUUUAAUAAAAAAGUUCACAUCUU